AACGAGCUUUUCCAAACUAAUGACGGUGUGUUUCAUUUCCUACAGAGAUAUGGGCCGGACGACGAGACGGAGGCAGAGAAUAGAUAGAUAGAUAGAUAGAUAGAUAGAUAGAUAGAUAGAUAGAUAGAUAGAUAGAUAGAUAGAUAGAUAGAUAGAUAGAUAGAUAGAUAGAUAGAUAGAUAGAAACCUAUUGACAACAUGACGCAAGAGGACCCUGAAUCAAUCCACGUCUGCCACAAAUAGCCUCCGGAGGUUGAUCAUGGGCCUGAGCCGAGCCUCCAGGGUCACCCCAGACGUCGGCCUGGUGGUGGCAGCGUUGGUGAGCGACCACCCCAACACCUCCUCCUCCUCCUCCUCGUCUCGUCCAUCGUCGUCGUCCUGCAGCAUCGACGAAUCCUACAAGUACGUCUUCCUGCCCGUCUGCUACUCGCUGACCUUCCUCUUCAGCCUCAGCCUCAACUCGGUGGUGCUGCUUCGCUCCUGCCGCCAUCAUGGCGUCGGGGGCCGGCGCUGGAACACCUCCCUGAUCUACAUGGUGAACCUGGCCACCACAGACCUGAUGUACGGCCUGUCGCUGCCCUUCCUGGUGGCGAGCUAUGUGCAGAGGGACCAUUGGGUGUUCGGAGACUUCAUGUGUCGCCUCGUUCGCUUCCUCUUCUACUUCAACCUCUACUGCUCCAUCUUCUUCCUCACCUGCAUCUCUGUGCACAGGUACCUGGGGAUCUGCCAUCCCAUGAGGACCAUCACUCUGGAGAGCAAGCGGGUGGUGAAGGGCACCUGUGCCCUGGUCUGGGUGGUGGUCUUCAUCCUCACCUGCCCCAUCUUCAGGUUUGCCCAGACUGGAUUCGUCAGGCGAGGGGGCGGGGCCAUCGGGCCUGGAGGAGGGGCGAGGGAUGACGGGAACAGGACGGGGGAAGAGGAUGGGGAGGGGUACAUGAACUGCUGGGACGACGCCAUCGAUAAGGAGUUCGCCGACUACGUCCCGUACGGCAUCGUCCUCCACCUGCUGGGCUUCUUCGUGCCCUUCGUCAUCAUCGCCUGGUGUUACUCCCAUGUGGUGAGGACCAUAUUUCAGACCCUGCGCUCGCCGCCUAGCUCAGUAGAGGGCGGGGAGGACGGCCCGGUGGGGGACGGGCCGAUGGACGGAGUCCGAGAGCGGGAGAGGAACUCGGUGUCUAUCUCCGGCUCGCAGUACUCGCACUACAUCAGGCGGCGGCGGAAAUCCAUCAAAACCAUCGUUACCAUCACGCUGCUGUUCGCGCUCUGCUUCCUGCCCUUCCACGUGACACGGACGCUGUUCCUGCUCCUGCGACGGGGGCAAAUGGGCGGCUGCAACGCCAUGAAGGCCGUCUCCAUCUGCUACAAGGUCACCAGGCCGCUGGCCUCCUGCAACGCCUGGCUCAACGCCCUCCUCUACUUCCUGACGGGGGACAAAGGCGCCCCCUGCUGCUGGACGGUAGGACGCAGCGUCCGGCGUGAGCGACGCAGCGGCUCCCUCUGGUGGCCGCUGAAGAUCCUGAGAAAAGAGGGCGUGGGCGAGGAUGAUCAGGAGGCGGCCGAGAGGGUAGAAAGGGAGGUGCACAUGGAAAACGAGUCCAAGUCUUCCAGGGUCAUCUUCUAGGACGCAGCAGGGACCGGAAGUUUUUUUCAGUUUAUUUCUAAACAAUCAGCAAAAGUCAAGAGAGUGCACUGAGACAAACAGCUGCUAGAGGCAUGGGUGGAAACUGUCGGCUUCAUGCCUCCACACAGACACGGUAUCAUUAAAAACCAUUUAACAUCUUAUCAUCCAUUUAACAGGACAUAACCAAACCAAAGAAAACUGAAAGCUGUUCAUGAACAUCUUUUGAAAGACAAAAGUCAGAAUCUCUCUAAGUGGUUUAGUUCUGGAGGAAUCAAAGUUGGAAAACAGUUAAAAAAUAACAAGAAGUUUCACCUGAAAAAAUGUGUUGGUUGAAUCCUAGAAUGACUUUUAUCAAUGAAACCAGAAGAAAAUGACAUAAUGCAUCAAACACAACUGUCCCACAAACCACCCAGAGGAAUUUCUAUUGUCAAUAAAUGUCCAAACUACAAGAAGAGGCUGACAAAGGUGUUGGACCUGUUGUUUGAGUGUCAGGUGAACGAAGCUAAAACCCUUGGAGUUGUUUUGGUUUAUUUACUUGAGGCAGACAAGAAGAUUAAACCUCUGUGUGCAAAAUGACGUCAAGAUGAUCGACAAACAAACCGACGUGUGUUAAUCCGAACAUGAAGCAGACGCUUUAAGCUCCUGCUCUUUGUGAGGGGAUCAGGUCUGGUGGCCCUAAACACAUCCUUCUGGGUUUGAUUCAUGUAACAAUGUUUCCUCUUUACUGUUGUUUCCGUUUUAUUCCAUCUACAACAAACAUUUCCGCACCAAUGGAAACAAUUAAUUAUGAAUGUUAUUGAACCAUUUUUCUAUAAAAUGAUUUUAAAUUGGCGUCAGGUCGGUCUGAGCCAGUUAUAGAUAAAUGAAUAAAUAUCCCUUUAAAUUUCUCCUUUACUAGACCCAAGGAGAGCACUAAUGAUUAUUCAGAGAGAAUCCUCUCGUGUCUUAAUAUAAUUAUUGUCUCGUGAGAAACCUAUAGGAGGAUUAAACCCAUUAAAGACUUGUUUCAGUCGAUGUUCGUGAACCUGUGACGUGUUUUUGUUGGUGAAGCUGAAUCGUCCUG